AUGGGGCUCAGGCCCAGCGACUCUGGCGAUGCGAAGAAAGUUUUGGAAAGGAAGCUCGUUGUGAAGCUUGCCUACUUCUUCAACUAUCUGGAUCGCCAGGCUUUCGCUAAUGCCUAUGUUGCUGGUCUCCGCGAAGACAUCGGCCUCAAAGGCAAUGAGUAUAGCAUCUUGCUUUCGAUUUUCACUGCGGGGUCCGUUCAGUGUGCCGUCCGCUUCUUCCAGGGUUUGAUCGAGGCCAGUUUAUACAGUGGUAGCGUCAAGCCUUCCGAGAUAGCCAAACGGGCUGCCAUCUUUACUGCGGUCGGGCAGGUCGGGAGUAUGUGCGCUGGUCUCAUGAUGACGGCAAUGCACCAGACGAUGGAAGGCAAAGGCGGCUUGAAGGGCUGGCAAUGGGUGUUCAUCAUUGAGUCAACCAGAGUCUCCUACAUCACUCAGGCGGAAAGACAGCUCGCAAUGACUCGUCUACCACCUAAGACAGCAGACACCCACAACAUCGAGUUCAAGAGCCUUGCGAAGCGUGUUCUCCUAACGCCUACUAUAUACAUCCUCACAACUUUCUCAGUCGUCUGCGCCAUGCUCGAAGCCUUCGCCUUCCAGGGCAUGUUCCUCCUCUGGCUCAAGCACAACAAGUCUCGCUUCUCCCAAACCGCUAUCAACACGUACCCUCUCGGAAUUCAAGCUGUUGCGAUCGUCUCCCAAAUUCUGGGCGGAGCCUUCAUCGACCACACAGGUCAUCGUCUGCCCAUGAUCAUCUUUAGCGGAGCGAUGCAGCUCAUCACCGCAUCGCUUCUGCUCGUGCGAAACCUUCCAGACGCGGGAAUCUUCACAGCGCAUUAUCUCAGUGGCACAAGUUUCAUCGUAAACCCAAUCAUGUACGGCUGGGCCACAACCAUCUGCCAGCGAACGGGCGACGAUGCGGUGAGGGGUGUGACCGUGUAUACAAUGGCCAUGGGUGGUCUGAUCCUGUACACGUGGUGGGGUAUUGUUAUGUACCCAGCGACGGAUGUACCGUACUGGAAGAAAGGAAGCAUCACCAUGAUCGUGGUGGUCUUUGCCUUUAUUGGAUGGGCAUUUGUGGUCAGAUGGCUUGAUAGGAAGACGGCGAUGGCUGCUAACCGUGAGCCAGCUGAGUCUGGAGAGCAUGAGGUGCCGGAAGUGGUUGAUGAGAAGACAAAGUCCGGGUGA